AUGAUGCAAUUAUUCGCGACAUUGUGGUUCUUUGCUCACAUCUGCGUCAGCGCAGGUGAUGUGUGCAGUUCACCGAAUUCACCAGCUUGUGGGGAUAACAGCACCAGGAGCGGUGGCAACUUGUUCAUACAGUUCCGGCAGGGCAUCACCAAAGUGCGAGAGCCGGUAAGACCCGUGGUAUGGGUCGCUCAGCCCUUCAGCGACUGCUUUCGCCCUUGCACGUCAUCCCCAGAUCUGAAGCCUUCGCAGCUUCGGACGCGAGGCUGCUUCACGAUCGAUGGCGAAGAAGUCUCUGAGGAGUUAUGCGCAGCGCUGCCGCGGCCUGCUCUCACAAGGCACUGCGGCUGCGGUGUGCUGGGCUGUGACGAGAAUGUGUGCAAAGACUUGCACCCGGAUGCCGAGGAUACAACCGACAAUGAGGACGACGAGCACUUUGAGUGCUUGGGCUGCUACCCCGUAGCCGAAGAGGAAUAUCAACCUUCGUUUCUGGAGAGCAAGGAGGUCUCGCUUUUGGACGAGACGUGCAUCGACCACAACGAGCAAAGUGGCCCCUGCCGUGGUGGAAUGCCCUUCUUCCGGAUGCGCAGCAAUGCAAUGACGCCUGUCAUGUGCUUCGAGUUCUGUAUCGGGGAGGGCCUGGACCUCUUUGCUCUUGUUCAAGGCGUGGAGUGUCGCUGCGGCGCAACGGCCCUGAACCUGGUGUGGCAGGGGAAAAAGCCCCGGCCGGGACUUCAGCUCCCACCGACCAUGCAAAGCAGCUGCUUGGAGGAAGGCGAAUGCCCGAUGCGCGUGUAUCGCUGGAAAGGCCCUUUCGUGUCGGGUGGCUCAGUGCAGAGCCAUCUCUUGAAAAUCUCAGAGGGUGAUCAGGCCCACGUUACCUCCGUGGUGCUUGGCGAGCACGUCGGACUCGUGGAUGGACACGUGCAUGAUGCAGAGCACGAGGAGGCCGCGGGAGAUUCUCUCACCCAGGUCACGGCCGCGGAAAAAACGGACACGGACCGCAUCGAUCCUAACUGGCUCAGGAACUGUCCCGAGUGCAACGCUGGCAGACACUGGUGGGAGCGAUCAAAUGUGACGCCGGAUGGCAUGAUCGAUCAGUGGGUGGAUGUCGUCGUCGUCAGGUACAACUGGGCUGCGAGCUGCGUGGAUGAUGAGGUCCGAAAGGAGGCCUUCCGUGCUGCAGCAGAGGUGUGGCGAACCGAGACCUGCAUUGCUUUGAUCGAGGAUCACACGCGUGUCCAGGGCCAGCAACACAUCAGAGUGAACAAAGCGUCAUCUGGUUGCUCGGCCACAAUUGGUCGCGCGAAGCCGAGCGAAGUGUACCUGGGAUGGUGCAACAGCAUGGGGCAAAGGGGCAACAUCGUUCACGAGAUUGGCCACACUCUCGGCAUGCAUCACGCGCAGCAGCGAAUGGAUGGGCCUCAACAAUAUCAUGGUUAUGGUCCCCAUUUGCAGCUCUACUGGGAGAACAUGGAAGGCAACUGGGCGGCGCAGUACGUCCCAAAAGCUGGCCCCUACACCGGCUCGGCUUACGACGGUCCGAAUGAUGUUUGGGUGGGCCAUGCGCCCUACGACUUCGAGAGCAUCAUGCACUAUCCUCGCCAAACUGGCUCGAAGGGGCCUUACUACGACACUAUUCCCGCGAGUAACAACAACCUGGUGGGGCAGAGAGGGCGUCUUUCAGAAGGUGAUAUCUUGCAGAUGACGGACAUGUACAACUGCGUGCCCAUUGUCGUGACAACUCCCACGGAGGAAUUCCCGGGACCAUCGACCGUUCGCCUAACGGACGUGACCAAGACUGGGUUCAAGGCUGUCGUUGCUGUGCCUUCUGGCACUACGGUCAGCAGUGGCACGAUGAGUGUCUCCUUCUUUGCGGUCGCUCCUGGGCUUCGUCAACUGCCGGGUGCCAGCGGGCUGUGGCUGGAGGCAGGAACGAUCUCGAUGAAGAAGGUCCAGCAAGGGAAGAAAUGCCGCGACAAAAGCAUGUCAAGAUCAUGGUCCAAAGUGGACUUCUCGCAUUCCUUUGCCGAACCGCCGGCUUUUCUCUCCACCGUUCAGACAACCAAUAACGAGAUCGGCCUUCCAACAGGGACUUCGCAACCGUGGUUCACAGUAGCAACCAACUCUGUUCACAACGCGGAUGCUUGGGUUUCUCUGGAACUCUCCGAAACCGGCCAGGUUUCUGUUCCCCUCGUCAAAACCGACGAGGUCAUUGGCUGGGUGGCAAUGCAAACAGGCACGGAGACUUUCCAAGAUACACAGGGAGCUUCGGUAACUUGCGCUGCUGCCGUUUCGGACAGAUCCAUCACCCACAAGACGACCUCCCUGUCCUUCGGAGCUGACUUGGGGGUCGCGCCACUGGUGGUUGCGAGUCAGUCGACCAGGUGGGGCGGCGAUGGUAGCUGGGCCAAGAUCGUCGGAACCACAUCGGCAUCAGUCCAACUCAAGGUACAAGAAGACCAAACCUGCAACGAUGAGACAGGCCACACGAGGGAGGUCAUUUCCGUUGCUGCAUUUUCCAGCAUCUGCACUUUGUGA